AUGGAGACACGACCAUAUCGGUCACACAAGGUGCGGGCGUGUGAUCUUUGCCGCAAGCACAAGACGGGCUGUGUGGUUGACAUUCCCGGGCUCGGCUGCCGCCGCUGCCGCUCGCGGGACAUGUCAUGCCUCCAUGCUAUUCGGGCUAGUACCACGGCACGGGAGGGACCAGCGCCGCCCUCUUCGACUGGGCGGUCUCUGCCGAGGCUGCAGUCGAGGCGAAGGGCGGCCGUCCGUGAUCUGGCAUCCCAUGGCGGUCUCGCUGAGAUCUCGAACGUCCGGCCGACGGCACUUUCGCCGCAUGACGGCUCAAGCUCGCUACCUGUCCACGUCCUGGGCCCUUCGGGUGCUCAGGACUCCCAGGUCAUCGAGGAGCACCUGCUGUCCGCGCGUGCCUCCCCCAUUGCGCAGGAGCAUAUUGGCAUCUGUUCGACCGAUCGCAAGAAGCCUGUCGGGUUCACCUACCAGCUGUUCUUAAAGAAAGUCAACAUGGCAUUCCCAAUCAUAUCUAGUGACUAUCUCUUCGCGCCAACCACUUCGACCGUGGAUCACGGCGCUUCUGACGUCUUGCUGUGCACCGCAUAUGCUUCCGCUUUGAUGUAUUGGAAGCACGCACCCGGCCUAGCAGGGUUUCCCUGUCCCGACCACGCGAUGGUGCAAGCUCUCGCCGCAGGCGCCGUGCAAGAAGCCUUUGCAGCGCCUCAGUUGUCAACGGUUAUGGCGAGCCUGGUCCUGCUGGGCCAGCGACCUGUCGACUCGGCCACAAGCAACGCCAUGACUCUGGGACAGGUUGUAUCCCUCUCCCAUUGUCUCGGCCUCAACCGAUACCCGAGCACAUGGAGCAUUCCCGACGCGGAGAGGAGCACAAGGACGGCGCUGUGGUGGGGGCUCAGGGUGCAUGAUACAUGGUCAGCGCUCGCCCGAGGCAUACCACCCCUCACACAGGCAUCCCAAACUGACGUGCCUAUGCUCACCAUGAACGUAUUGGACCAAGUGGAUGCAGAGGAGUGCGGGGACCACGAACCGCUCGCCUCAGAGUGUUUCAUGCUACUGUGCAGGCUAACGACCACGACCCAGGGGCUUCGGUGCAUUGCUUUCGACCUGCGGGGCGCGGCGACAUCAGACAGCGUUACUAAGGGCUUGAGACAACGCCAAGUCGAACUCGACCAGUGGGAAGAGCUCUACGCGCAGUGGAGGACCAGGUGUGAAGCCCGCCCCGGGCGGCCGCGGGUGCCAGGCCUCAGUCACCUUGCCCUCUGCUUCCUGACGACCAAGAUGCUUGUCCACCGCAUGAUGCUCCACGAAUCUGUCAAGUCAGACGAGACACCAUCGGAUGCAGCUCGCCGGUUUCACCAGCUCAACUGCCAGAAGGCGGCGCAUGACAUUGUCGAGUUCGUGUCCGGACUUGAUGAGCAUGACUUUGCCGAUUUCUGGCUGCCCUACACAUCAUCACACCUGACGGUCUGCGCCACAUUGCUGCUGCGCUGUGCGCUGGAGGCCGAGGAAUGCGAAGUGUCGCAAGCCUGCAUGGAGGACCUGGAGAGACUCCAGACGAGCCUGAGAGCUGCCGAGAAACAGCAUGGCUGGGAACUCGGGCAGGCGUGCCUCAGCCGCUGUCAAGCUCUCGUGCCGCACCUCAGACACGGCGCCGCAGGGGCACGCAGAGCACGAAGCGACAAGGAGGUCCAGGACCUCUUCUCCAACUUGGUGGUCGAUGCCGACCAGGUCGACAUGGGGCUGUUUGACGUGGACUUGUGGCUGAGCACGGCGUCCAUGGGGGACAUGCUAGGUGAUGUAGCGCUCCUUUCUUGA